AUGAUCUCAGCAAAGGAAAGGAAUUACACAGAACUCCCUGGGCAUCUCUCAGCGCCCCCACACCCGCAAACCCCUCCAGGGACCGCAACUGCGACUUCAACGUCGCCCUCGGUGCCUCCGGAGCCGCCAAACCGCUCCGCGCAUGCCCAAACCGCUCCCGCGGACCCCCACCCCUCUCCCGCCGCACUCGGGAAGCGCCUUCCCCCUCCCCCGCCUCGCAUUGGCCGCAGCGCCCGCCCGUCCACACCCUCAACCAAUCAGCGCCCGAGCUCGGAGCGCUGGGGGAAACCAAACGAGAGCGCGGGCGAUGGAGAGGAGGCUCAGCCUGGAGCAGCGAACGGAGCGUCUGGUGCAAAGGAGGCCCUGCUCAGGCCCCGCCCCCGCGGGCCGGAAGGGGCAAAGCCUCUGCUCGCCUCCGCCGCCUGCAGCUCCACCCUCGAUGACCCCCUCGUCCAAUGGCGCUUGAGGCGGUGCAGAGGGGAGGAGCCAGCGCUGCACACGCCCCUGAGGGGCAGGGCCCUGCUGGACUCUGCUGCUCCCCGGGAUGCCCUGCGGGAGCCACCGAGGAGGUCAAGUGAUUCCCCCGGGACCCUGCAGGGGGCAGGGCCCUGGCAGUCACAUGACCCACCAGAGGCCCCAUGGCCAAUCGGCAGACACUUCUGCAACCACCAGGGGGCGUCUUCACCGCAGGCCGUCUCCCCAGAACCCUUGUGGCAUCAUCCACGUUGGAGGCCACAUGACUCCCACAAGACCCUCUGGCCAAUGAGGAGCAGCUCUCUGGAUACCCUGAAGGCGGCACUUUACUCACAGGCCAUCGAGACCCUCCUGGAACGCCCACCUGGGCACCCCCAACCCAUGUUUACUCACUUCCUGGACUACAACUCCCGAAAGACCGCGGGGCCCCGUAGGACGCUGAUAGAGCCGGGACUGCCGUUCCCGUCAUGCCGCGCGGCCCGUGAGCGGCCGUCAGAGCCGGGACUGUGCCCCAAGUACCGUCCCAGCUGCUUCCCAAGCGCUUCCCUGAACCGUAAGUGCCCCCCGAAGCCCCUGCUCUCUAACUGCCUCCCCGCCCCCUGA